GCGUAAACAUAGUAACUGUCUUCCGCGUGCGGUUCGGCUGCGGCCCUAGAACGUGUCUUGGGAGCUCUUAAAGUUCCCUAAAUUUGUUUAUUUUCGUUGCACAUAGAUCAAUUGUGAACCAUGGCGAAGUUUGAUCUGACAUUUAAACUUGGACAGUAUUUAGACCGUCAUUUAGUCUUUCCACUCUUGGAAUUUCUAUCGGCAAAACAGAUAUACAAUGAAAAUGAACUACUUCAAGCUAAGCUUGAUAUCUUAAGCAAAACUAACAUGAUUGAUUAUGCAAUUGACAUCAGAAAACAGCUUCUGCCUGGUGAAGAAGACCCAGAAGAGUUGAAAAAUAGAAGAAUCCAGGUUGUAAACCAGCUACAAGAGCUUCAGAAAGAAGUUUCUCACAUUGCUAAUUUGAUGAACGAUGAAUUAGUUAUGAAAAAAAUUGAGACAAUGCGAGAUUCUAAAGCUCUUUUAACAUUCUUGCAUGAUGAGUAUGAUUUCAACAUUGAAAUGAUGGAGAGCAUGUACAAGCUAGCAAAGUACCGUUAUGAAUGUGGAAACUACUCUAAUGCCACAGGUUUCUUGUAUUUCUACAUAAAUGUGAUGCCAGCUGGUGAUAAGAAUUACAUCAAUGUUCUGUGGGGAAAGCUUGCAUCAGAGAUUCUGGUUCAAAACUGGGAUACCGCUUUGGAUGACUUGAACAAACUGAGAGAGUUCAUUGAUAGCAACCAGUUCCCAUCUUCUCUUCAUGUUCUCCAGCAACGGACUUGGCUGAUUCACUGGUCAUUGUUUGUGUUUUUCAACCAUACCAAGGGCCGUGACCUCAUUAUUGAGAUGUUCUUGUACAGGCCACACUACCUCAAUGCCAUCCAGACCAUGUGUCCACACAUUUUGAGAUACUUGGCUACAGCAGUAAUCAUCAACCGCACCCGCCGCACUGCACUGAAAGACCUUGUCAAAGUCAUUCAACAGGAAUCCUACACAUACAGAGAUCCUAUCACAGAAUUCAUUGAGCAUUUGUAUGUCAACUUUGAUUUUGAUGGCGCUCGCCAGAAACUUCAUGAAUGCCAGACUGUGUUGUUCAAUGAUUUUUUCUUGAUUGCCUGUCUAGAAGAGUUUGUUGAAAAUGCUAGGCUAAUGAUCUUUGAAACCUUCUGCCGCAUUCACCAGUGCAUUAGCAUUGGAAUGCUUGCUGAGAAGCUCAACAUGACCCCUGAAGAAGCAGAGUGCUGGAUUGUCCACUUAAUCAGAAAUGCACGAUUGGAUGCUAAAAUUGAUUCAAAGUUAGGGCAUGUAGUUAUGGGGACCCAGCCUGUCUCACCCUAUCAGCAAUUGGUGGAAAAGAUAGAUUCUCUCUCUGUUAGGUCAGAAGCUCUCCAGAGUCUGAUAGACCGUAAGCUCAAAACAAGAGCUCAAGAUGCUGGCGGCAUUCAGUGGUGAUCAUCAAUUUUCUUCUGGCUCAUUUGUUAUAGGAUCCGUACAUCUGUUAAAAUUCCUUCCACCCCGUUAAUCAAUGUUUUGGACUUGUCUAAUUUCAUCAUUUUGUGUAAAAAAACCAUCACUGUGCAUCUGAUAUUGUAUACUUUCUUGUACUAAAGUAUUGCUACAUACAUUCAA